CGCUGCUCUGAUGUUUGGAGUCAAUACAGGAAGAGGUUCGUUGACAGCGAGGCCGGACCGAGUUAAGAUGGCUUGCAGUGAUACGGAGAAGCCCAGCUUUGGUGAUGAUGCCUGCUAUGACAGCAAGUACUCCAGUUGUGCGGUGGCAAUGGAGAAAGCGGGGGAAUCGUUUCUCAGCCCGACCGAAAACCCCUCCACCAUCAAUGUUUCUUCUAGUAUCCUAGUAGACUUGCAAGGCUAUGAUGAGGAGUUUGAUCCUCCUCUAGAGAGCAAAUAUGAAUGUCCUAUCUGUCUGAUGGGUCUCAGGUCAGCAGUGCAGACACCAUGUGGACAUCGAUUCUGCAACUCGUGCAUCAAGAAGUCCAUCAGGGAUACAGGGCAGAAAUGUCCAGUUGACAAUGAGUUGCUGCUAGAGGAUCAGCUCUUUCUUGAUAACUUUGCCAAUCGAGAGAUCCUGUCACUCACUGUCCGGUGCCCUAAUAUUGGUUGCACUGAUAAAAUGGAGUUGCGGCAUUUGGAGAAACACUUGUGUAAGUUUGCCAGAGUGCCUUGCCUUCAGUGUCAGGAAUCCGUUCGUAAGAGCCAUCUGGAUGAACACAAGAGCCAGCAGUGCUUACGGCGAAUCAUGACCUGCCCUGACUGUGUACGGAGCUUUGUAUAUGCUGACAAACAGAUUCAUGAGCUGAUGUGUCCUUUCGCCAAUACAGUGUGUGACUAUUGUGAAAUGGUGCUUAUUCGGGAUCGGUUGGCGUCGCACUGUGACACAGAUUGUCUCAAAGCUCCUGUAGCCUGUACUUUCAGCACUUUUGGUUGUCGUGAAAAGAUGCUGAGAAAUGAACUGGCACAGCACAUGCAGGAAUUUACACAGAUGCAUAUGCGUUACAUGGCUGAGUUUCUGCGCAGCCAGACUCCGAAUAGCUGUCUUACAUCAUCAGUUGCCGGCCACUCCUCGUCAGAUGAACGUGGUGCCUCGUCCAGGGCAGCAGAACCUUGCCGGUGCAACCAGGAGCUGAUUAACCUGCAGGAGACAGUUUUGGAGCUGGAAGGCAGGCUGGUGCGUCAAGACCAACAGAUCCGCGAACUGUGUAUUCACAAUGACACGCAGAAAACCCAGCUCACAGACCUACGUCGUAAGCUGAGUUCAUUGGAGGAGGCCACCCGAGAGCUGGAAGCCCAGCAGUACCAAGGUGUUUACGUGUGGCGGUUGGAGACCUUUUCGGCCCACCUGCGCAACCAGGAGGCCGGUCAACCCAUAGUCCUCCACAGCCCACCUUUCUACACGGGCCGGCCAGGGUACAAACUCUGCCUUCGGCUACACCUGCAAACCCCCAGCGCCCCCCGCUGCUCCAACUACAUCUCCCUUUUUGUGCACACUAUGCAGGGUGAGUUUGACAGCCAGCUCUCCUGGCCCUUCCAGGGCAUGAUCCGGCUGGCAGUGUUGGACCAGGUCGAGGGGCAGCACCACUUGGAAGUGAUGGAGACCAAGCCGGACCUGCAGGCCUUCCAAAGGCCCACCGUGCAGCGCAACCCCAAGGGUUUUGGCUAUGUCACUUUCCUGCACCUACAGGCAUUGAAGCAGCGUGGGUUUGUGAAAGAGGACGUGCUGUUAGUGCGCUGUGAGGUUACACCACGCUUCGAUGCCAGCCUCAGGAGAGAGGGAGUGCAACCUCGGGGCCCAGAACCCUCACUUUGAUUUCCUGCACUGUCCUCCUGCAUUUUUUUAAGUUCUCAUACACACACACACACACACACACACACACUGCUGAAACGAGGAAUAUGUGACAAAACCAGGACUUUCUAGACCAUUUAUGGUACACCAGGCUCAGUAAUGAUGUCCUUACAUAGUUACAAGUGUGAAAAGUGUUUGAUACAGAUAUGUUUCUCAGAAGUAUUUCAGUGCAAUCAAUAGACAACCACCUGCAUGAUUGGCAAAAUCACUGAAUUGCUCAUAAACCAAGCUCCUAGGUGAAGAUCAUGAAUGGUGCUGCUUUUGCUUAGUGUUACCUUUCAUUUCAUAUUACUACAUUUAAUUGCAAAUCUCACCUGUCCCAGAAACUUAAAAGAAGGUUCUGUUAUUUGUUUGAGACUCAAAUAACAUUUUUUUGCAAUAUAUUUUAGCUGGAAAACAUGACUUUUAGUCAUAUUUGACAAGGUCAGACAAUUUUAAGCAUAAUGAGUAAAGAGCAUCACAGUUUACUGCAAUUUUACUAAAUCCUGUGCAUCGUAUUCUUUGAACAAUGCUAAAAUGGAUUAGUUUUAAAGGAAUAGUUCACCCAAAAAUGUAAAUUCUCUCAUCAUUUACUCACCCUCAUGCCAUCCAAGAUGUGUACUCAAUUGAAGAUUUUUAGAGGAAUAUUUCAGCUCUGCAGGUCCAUACAAUGCAAGUGAAUGGGUUCCAAAUAUUUGAAGCUCUUAAAGCUGAUAAAGGCAGGAUAAAAGUAAUCCAUAUGACUCCAUUGGUUAAAUCUAUUUCUUCAGAAGCUAUAUGAUAAUUGUGGGUGAGAAACAGAUCAAUAUUUAACUCCUUUUUUACUACCAUCUCCACUUUCACAUUCUUCUUUUUAGUUUUAACAACAAUGUUCAGUUCCACUAAAUGUUUGCUUCUUCAAAUAGGUAUGUUAUAAGCUUAGCCUUUGUACCAAGCCAUGGUUGCCAUGAUGAUUUAAUAGGAUUCAUUCACUUUAAUUUAUUGUGCCUUCUUAAUUUGUCACAUGUUGCUCACAUUGUGCCUGACAUUGCUCACAUGUAGGGCUGUCACGAUUAUGAAAUUUGGCUGAUGAUUAAUUGUCAAAUAAUUGUGAUUAUGACGAUGUCUGUUUUAAGGCUGUGAUGAUUAAUUGUCUUUUUAAGGGUUUUCACGAUUAAUUAUCAUACAAAUUGUCAUUUCUUAAGGUGUGCUUUUUUCUGAAUGUGUGCUUCAUACACCUUAAAAAGUCAUUUUACACAUUUAACUUGAAACAUAAAAUCAGAUAAUAAAAUAGGGAUAUGUGAUUUCCUUUUAAGGCUUUAAAAACGUAUGAAUGACAUGAC